GACCAGCCAGAAAACUACGGCCGGAGUUAUGGACAGAAACUGCGUAUCCUCCACGUGCCUACGACGGCGACGUGGUUCUACCUCCGUCGGCUCCUCGGGUCUCCACUACCUUGUGUGCAGCGCUGUCAUCAUCUCAGUCAUCAUCCUGCAACUGCCGAGUGCAAGUUUCGCCGCAGGUUCGUCCGCUGGAAGUGGAGAAGGACGGGACGGGUCUUCCUCCGGUAGCGGUACGGCUCCCAGCUCCAUCCCGCUCAAUUUCAUCUUCCUCAGCUCCGACAACCCUCGACUGCGGACCUCCGGCAGCAUACCUGCCGUGGACAUUGCUCUGGAGAUGGUGACACAGAGUGGGAUACUCGGCAAGUACAAGCUCCAGUACACGGAAGCCCUGGAUUCCCAGUGCGACAGAACCCAGUCACUGGACAUGUUCCACGAGGCAGUGAGGAAGAGGAAAGGAGAGACGUUUGUUCAGAACAUAGCCAUCAUUGGAGCUGGCUGCUCAGUUGCCACUCUGCCCGUGGCCGAGAUAUGCCACUACUACAACCUUCCAAUGCUGUCGUGGUCGUCCACAGCGGCGGAGCUAAGCAACCGUCGUAAGUUCAGGAGCAACUAUCGACUCGCUCCGUCAGAGAAACUCCACUCGCCUGGUCUGGCCGCCCUCAUCCGCCACUACCAGUGGGCUCAGGUCGCCAUGCUAACACAACUAGAGUCACUCUUCAUUGAGGGCCAGAGAGUCGUGAAAAAACUUCUCCCAGAAGUCAGCAUCGUCACCAGAGAAUUCACGACCGACAGAGAUCCACUGGCCGUCGAAGAUUUCUUUGUCAAGAGUCGCGACAUGCGAGUGUUCGUUCUCAACAUGUACGUAGACUUUGCCAAGAAGAUCCUCUGUGAGGCCGUUCGGAGGGGCAUGUAUUACCCCAGAUUCCUAUGGAUCACUCCAGGUAACUAUAUAUACACUGCUGCACAUGUCAUGCUUGCGUAGUAUGCAUUGCAGCUUUAAUAAUGUAAUACGUAAAAAUAAUUAUGGGAGUGUGUGAACAUUAACACUUAACCAGCCACGGACACAUAAAUGUGUUCAGUGCUUCCGUAAGUCCAUAAGAAUUUAUGUGGGGGUUAUAAUACUAGGCGCU